AUUCCAUUUCCUCUCAAUUCAAGUUUCACAUUGUUUUCAUCAACAGAAAAUGGCUCAGAAGGUGGUGCUGAAGGUUUUGACCAUGACGGAUGAUAAAACAAAGCAGAAGGCUAUAGAAGCUGCUGCAGAUAUAUAUGGAAUUGAUUCGAUUGCUGCGGAUCUGAAGGAUCAGAAGCUAACGGUGAUCGGGCAGAUGGACGCAGUGGCAGUGAUGAAGAAGCUGAGAAAAGUGGGGAAAGUGGAUAUAAUAUCAGUUGGGCCUGCAAAAGAAGAGAAGAAAGAAGAAAAGAAAGAAGAAAAGAAAGAAGAGAAGAAAGAGGAGAAGAAGGAAGAGAAGAAAGGAGAAGAAAAGAAAUGAAAUGAAAUCCCAUAAUCAGCUUUGUAGCUCUUUUAGGAAAGUAAGCACUUUUCCAGAAAUGCAGAAGAUCUUGAAAGUUCUGGGGAUGUAAUUAGAUAUUAUGAUUUUGGGUUAGCAAGUAAAUUUAGUCUUGCAAAUUGGGUGAAAAAGUUAAUGCUUUGUCCUGUUUUGAAGUUUAUGAAAAGUGAGGAGAGUUUUAGCUACAUGAAUUUCCUCUUCCAUUCGUUGUCUAGUCAUUGUCGAUGCAUAAAGUUCCCCAGGGGCUGUUUGAAUAUGCCAGUUAGUUCUUCACG